AUGGGUCGAGAGCGCCCACCUCUCGCUGCAGCUGUUCGCCAAAUGGCAGCUGCUCGCCAAAUGACAGCUGCCAACCCUUCUGCACCUCCUGCCGAAUCUUUUGUUCCAUCGUCGAAGGCGACGGCGACACAAAUGACUCCUGCUUCCUCUGGCCCGGUUACUCCUGCCACUGCACAUCAUUAUCCACAAUCUAUUCCAAUCACAACUGGGGUUUCCUCUUCUUCCCCCGUCCUAGCCAUUCCCACUACUGGAUCAUCCAAUAUUUCUGGGAGCGGAGGUCAACCCAAACUAGGUGUGGCGGCCGCUCGACAGCAAGCAUUGAUUCCACCAGGCAACUCCACAGCUGGAUUGCCAUCAAUUGUGAAUGAACACCGAGAUGGCUUGUCGACACAGACUGGCACAAACGGCAUGGUGGGUGUGAAAGACGAAUUUAUCGAGAAUUUUUUCUGGUCAUAA